AUGGCCGCUCCACAAAACGAAUCACGGCCUCAACACUCAGCACCAGUCGGAGAAGCUGAAGUCAUCCCGGGCACGCGCCGCCUCUACGACGAGAAUGGCAACAAUCUGCCCGGCGACGCCUCGCUCCUGAAGCAUGGCGACAUCGUCCUCGUCCCUCAGCCCACCGAGUCGCCCAACGACCCUCUGCGAUGGUCGCUGCCGCGCAAGAUCUGGCACUCUUGCCUGGUGCUAUACAUCGUCGGCCUCACCGCCGCCACCUCCAACAAUGCCGGCUCGGGCGCCGACGGUGUCAACGAAGAGUACGGCAUCGGCUAUGACGCCUUUAACACCGGCGCCGGCGUGCUGUUCAUCGCCAUUGGGUAUUGGACCCUGCUGAGCUCGCCGCUGGUGCAUUUAUACGGACGCCGCUUGGGCUAUCUCAUAUCCAUGAUCGUCAACAUCGGCGGCCUCAUCUGGUAUUCCCGCAUCACGAACGUCGCCGGCGUCAUUUGGUCGCAGCUCUUUGUUGGCGCUGCCGAGUCGGUUGGCGAGGCCACAGUGCAGCUGUCUCUGCUAGACAUCUGGUUCGAGCACCAGACCGGCAGUGUGCUCGGUAUUUAUACCUUUGCCACCGCCAUUGGCACAUACCUCGGGCCCCUUAUCGGCGCGUACGUGUCCAGCGGGCUCGGCUGGCGAUGGAUCGGCUACGUGGGCGCUCUCAUCUGCGGCGGCAGCCUCAUCGUCAUCUUCUUCGGCCUUGAGGAGACCGAGUUCAACCGGGACCGCUACCUCACCGGUAACGGCGAGCGCUACCCCGUCGGUGACGUGCACACCAUGCCAGCGUCGGAGAAGACGUCGGUGCAGGCCUCGGCCAGGAACUCGGUCGACAUCGAAGGGCACGACCCCACCGACAGCGGCACGGCGACCGGUCCCACCCAAGUCAUUGGCAAGGAGGGCCACCUCGCCGAGACGACGGGGACCGACCAGGGCUCCAUGAUGUCCGGCACGGCGCGCGACCGCAUGGCCUUCUCGUACUCACGGCGUAAGACGUACUGGGACCGCAUCCGCAUCAUCACGCCGGCGCCGAACCUUCGUGGCACCGGCUUCAAGCAGUACCUGUUCCGGCUCUGGCACACGCUCCGCGUCUUCACGUUCCCCGCGGUGUGGUACGCAGGCCUGCAGUGGGGCCUACAGAACAUCUGCCUGACAUUCUACCUGACUGUGCAGGAGGACUGGUGGUACGGCCCGCCAUGGAACUACUCGGCGGCGGCCGUGGGCAACAUGAACCUGCCGACGCUGAUCGGCAGCCUGGUGGGGUGCGUGUACGGCGGGUACGGCAGCGACCGGUUCAUGCUGUGGAUGAUCAAGCGCAAUAAGGGCGUCAUGGAGUCCGAGUUCCGGCUGUACCUGAUGGCGCUGUGCACUGUGGUGUUUCCGACGGGCAUGUGGCUGUUCGGUAUCGGCAGCGCUCGGGGGUGGGACUGGCCGGUGCCGUAUGUCGGGCUGGGCUUCAUCGGGUUCGGGUACGGAUGUGCCGGCGAUCUGAGUCUGGCGUAUCUCGCCGACUCUUUCCCCGAAAUGGUCCUCGAGGGCAUGGUGGGCGUUGCCGUCAUCAACAACACCAUCGCCAUGCUCUUCACGUUCGUGGCGAGUUACUGGAUCGACUCGGGCAUGGAGAACUGCUUCAUCGCGCUGGGCGUGCUCAGCUUCGUCAUCAUGGGCCUGAGCCUGCCGAUGAUCGUCUUCGGCAAGCGGACGCGCCGCUGGGCCAAGGACCGGUACAUGCGGUUCAUCGAUAUCCGUGACGGUUUCUCCAAGUAG